CGCCUCCUCUGCCAGAUUCACCACUGGUUACCUUGGAAGCAGGAGAGAAACUACCACAGUCUGCGCUCCGCUCAGAUCACUUGGCACAGCUCCGACGGACACUGUCGGAAUGUUUUACAAAUUCUAGCGUUCCAAGGUUAUUUAGGGUGGGAAAUACGUGCUUCGUUGUGUGAUGAUGUCUGUAGCAUGCUAUUUCUCCUAGAAUCGGCGAUAACAAAAAUGUCACAACAGCGGAUCGUCCAACUGUCGACCGCCUCGCUCGCGCUGGUCUUCUGCAAGGAAGAGGAGAGCUCGAUAAUCACCGGUGGAGGGAAAUACAACGUGAACAGUGCGAGUGGUCAGGAGAUUUUUACGGAUUUCAAAGCGCAAAAUCUGCGCAGUUUUUGGAACAAAAGACUUGUGAAAGCGGUAGCUGAAGUUUAUUUCCACGGAUGGAUGGAGAAUUUGGUCCUAUUCGUCCAUGGGAAUGCCAACAACCUGGAGGUGUUGAGGGAAGCUUGGAUGCGCAGAGCGCUGAGGUCACCCAAAGGGUUUGUCAUCAAAGCAGUGGGUGACCUGUCCCCAGUGCAGAUGUCUCCAGUGCCCCAGUCUCAGUUCAUCCCUCUAGCCGAGGUCCUAUGCUGUGUCAUCUCUGACAUGAACUCCUCCAACAUCACCGUCAACCAGGAUGCCCUCAUCAGUCACAUGACCAAGGCUCACCAAGGGAUGACCAUCCCUACUCAAGACAUCCUGUACAACGCUCUGGGCUCGUUGAUCAAAGAGAGGAAGAUCUACCACACAGGAGAGGGCUACUUCAUUGUCACUCCUCAGACCUACUUCAUCACCAACAGCCUGGUGAGAGAGAAGAGCUGGUGGACCUCAGGGUCUGGAGACAAUGAGUUGCCCUCCCCUCCCCCCAUCACCUACUUGCUCAGUAAUGACACUCUGGAGAGCCACCCACAGUCCCCCCUGGUGACCCACUGCAAGUCCUGCAGCUGCUUUGCUCCUGCCCAGAACGUGACCAAUGCUGCUACUACGGCUACUAUAGCUGCCAUUGUUCCUCCAUCUGUCCCAGACCAGCACUCGGUUUCUGUUUCUAUUAGCGAGUGCACAGGGAAAAGCCUGAAGUGGCCUCGAGACCAUAAGCCUCAAGUCCAGCACCAGUCGACCUCGACGGCCGCAGACUACCAGAUUAGUGAGGUCAGCAAGACCACUACGGCUACCACCACUGCCACUAGCCGUAAGGACAAAGACAAAGAUGGCAAGGAGAAACUAGGGAGGAGGUUUGGCCUUAGCCUCUUCAGGAGGAACGGAGGGAAGAAGGAGAAAGUGAAGAAAGAAUAUGCCUUGUUCUCAGGUCAGUUCCCUCCGGAGGAGUGGCCAGUGAGGGACGAGGAGGAUCUGAACAAUCUGCCCAGAGACCUGGAGCAUGCUAUCAUCAGACGCAUCAACCCUGAGCUCACUGUUGACAACCUGACACGCCACACUGUACUAAUGAAGAAACUGGAGGAGAGAGGAGGGGAGAGAGGGAUGGAAAUGGAAAGACGAGGGGAAAGAGGGGUGGAAAGGGACAGAGGGUUGCACAAGGGGGACAUGGUUGACGGAGGGGACAAGGGUGUGGACAAGGGCAUGUCCACUGAGAUCCUAAACUGCUCCAAGCCCAGACACCACCAGUCCUCCCGAGCCAGACUAGGAGCAGGGGCUGGGGGUAGGAGAUCUACCUCCAAGGCCUCUCGCACUAAGAGAAGGGCCCAUUCCUCCAGAGAGAAACGGAGAGACCGGCUGAAGACUAAGGCCCCAGUGUGUGUGGAUGUGGACCCAGACGGGGAGGACCUGGUCCCCUCUUGCCUCAAACCAAAGGUCCCUAUUGAUGAAUUAGACCACAGAGAGGAGCCAGGAGCGGUGGAGGGGAAAAGCCUCUAUAAGAAACGCAUUGACAACCCCUUUGAUGGUCAACCACCUGGGAAAGAUACAGCCACAACCCAGACUGUGGCACCUACUAUGACCCACAAAGAACAGAGGAGGAGAGAGGGAAAGGAAGCGAAGGAGGGGAAAGAGGGAAAGACUUCAGGAGGAGGGAGGAGAGAACCAGCGGGACACCGCUCCAAAUCCUGGGACCCGCACAAAGCAAAAGCAACCGCUGCUGACACACAGUAUGCUGGGAAGUCUCAUACAGCCGAGGACAGGUCAUGUGACCGUCUCCACGAGAGGGUGUUCACCACCGAACCACUCCUCCUGCCCCUCUCUGACACCAAACCACCCAGUGAAUUACCGUUGGACUACAGCUCGGCUUACCCACAGAGCAGCACACUAAGGAUGGACGACAAGGUUAGAUAUCAGAGGGAGGGAAAGAACAGAGGGAGGAAGAGCAGGGAGGGAGGGAAGGAGAAGGAGAAGGAGGGAAAGCAUAGACCGACACAGCAAGUAGAAUAUGGCAGUACAACAGACCAUAGACACCCAGCAGUAACAAUCCAAACCCUGGACUCUGAUGCCAACCUCCCUAGUACCCACCCCUAUGACUCAGUCCCUGCCCACCCGUACGACCAGGCCAUGCCUUGGCCAAAGCCUGCUGUGCAUCGCAGGCACUCCUUCAAACACACAGACACACAGGGAGACCUAACCCACAGGCCUGACCUGCUCUCCUCACACCAACAGGCCUGCAGUACCACCCCCAAACACCAUGGGCAGGUACACAGCAGUGGUGUCAGUAGAGCCCACAGGAGUCCAGGGCAUGGGCAAAGGGCAAGUGAUGGGUUAGCAGUGGAGAGUAAUGGCUUUAGGAUAGAGAGUGAUGAGUUUAUAGAAGAUGAUCACAGGUUUUACCAGAGAGCAGAGGAAGAAGAUGAGGAUGCCUGUAGUUCUCUGUAUCUGAGUGAGGAGGGAGUCAUUGACAACAGAGAGGUCUAUCAAACACACCUGUCUCAUUAUCGUGACUCUCAAUCCCUCUACCACGAUCCUAAGACCAUAUACCAAGACACUAUCACCCACUACCACAACCAACCUCACUCCCCUUACCACGAGCCCCAACCCCACUGUCCCAACCCCCAUUCCUUCCAAGGAGACUGGAAUAGCACUUUUCCAGGGGAACACUCUUCCACUAUCCACCAAGAUCCCCCUAUGUCCCCCCACAUCCCCCAAAGACAGGAAGAGGAGAGGUGGUUCAGGGUGAGUGGCUCUAUCCAUAACCACCGCAGCCACACGUCCCCAGGAAUCCACAGUGAUCCCAUCCCAAGACGAAGAGCUCCAAUCCCGGGGGAGCGAAGACAGGACGCCAGCCUCUCCCUGGAAGCUCCAGAGGGUUUAGAGCCACCUGAGGCGGCAGACAGCAGCAUCUUUGACUACUGCCAGACCAGCGAGGUGGACUCGGAUGCUGAGACCCUCCAUAAAUCAGCAGACGAGGGGGACAGGGAGUCAUCUCACUGGGGGUGUGGAGUAGAGGAGGAGGAGGAAAAGGGCGGCUUUGAGACCCUGGGGGACAGAGGAGGCCCUCAGACCUCAAGUGCCAGUCUGGGCAUGCCCAGUGGAGCUGGACGGGGAGAGAUAAUGGGGGAGGCGGGGGAGAGUCAGAGCAACACAGGAGACAGCGGGAUAGACUCGCCACGGACCCGUGUUUGUCUGGCAACUAACAACACAGGGAUUCUGGAGAGUCUAAAUAGGCAAGGUUUCCUACAGAACCUGGAGAAACUGCACUCCAAGAGCUCAGCCAUGCGACCACAGAGCUCUCUGCUACAGCUCACACCCGUCAUGAACGUAUGAGACCAUAGGCCCCCUGAUGCAGCUCCGUGCGAGGGAUCAUGAGUUCCCCAAUGCAGCUCUGUGUGAGGGACUAUGAUCUCCCUGGUGCAGCUCUGUGUUAGGGCCCAUGAGUCCUUUGAUGCAGCUCCCUCUUUUCUACCACCAAAAAGCAAGGGAAGUAGGAACACUGUGCUAUCAGAUAUGGGGUACACAACCCCAGUCUUUAUGGACUUACAGCAUCUAUUUGUUUCACUGCUGUCAUAAAUCUGCUGUGAACCUCUAACCUUUCCUCAUUGUCUAGCCUGGUUAUAUAUCCUGUCCUCCAGGGCUACAGUCUAUAGCAGCAAUUUAUGGGUGCUCAAACUCCAGACCUACCCCAAUGGAGGUCUUUGUACAGAUGUAUAGUCUACUUUUCCCAUUCUGUAUAUAACAUUUAACAGGAAUAUCCUGAGAGACGUAUUCGGCUAAUGACUGGUGAAUCGGCUAUGUUAAAUGCAUGAUCAAUCGAUUGGUGGGAUUGAAGUAACAGGUUGUACUCUGAGUUGCUAUUGUUUUUCACUACAUUCAACUUGGCCCAAAAUGAUGACAAAAUAACUCAGUACUGGAUCUUUAACCUGUAUCUUCAUUUUCACACCUCUUUCCUUGUCGCCAUGUGUAACACAAAUAAAUCUUUAUGCACCACAAGCCA